AUAUAUACUGUACGUAUAUUUUGUUCCUCUUAGUAUUUUAUAGCAGAGAUUGUUUACAGUAUGUAAAGUUUAGUGGACAGAAUUCACCAGGAGGAUGCCCUCGUGGAUACUUUGCGGGUGUUUGCGACUAUGCCGUUGUAGUCAAUACUGGGUGAACAGGUAACAGACCCUUUGAGUGGAGUUUGGGGUGGAACUAAUCCAAUUAAUGAUAUUAUCAAUAACAGUAGUAUACAGUGUGUAUCAGAUUGAUUGUAGCGGGAUUAAGUAAAAAAAAAAAAAAAAAUCCAUUUAUUUUGACAUAUAUCUGUGUUUUUGUUGUCAUAUACAGUGUUAGAUUUUUGAUAUUGUUAUAUUAAUAUGUUGUUUACAACCUCAGGGAAUACGUAAGGUACAUGAAUGGUUAGCACGCUGGCCUCAGGCAGGAAGGUUGAGGGUUCAAAUCUCACCGGCUUCCCAAAAACAUGCAUGUUAGGAUCAGAGACUUUAAAUUGUGCUGUGAACUGUGAGUGUGAUUGCUUGGUGAAAAAGAAAACGUUUUGUACUGGAUAAAGUGAAAUGGACCAAACCAUCAAUUCAGAGCGAAGUUGAACUCCAAUAUUUGCUGAUGAUGGAAAUCCAGCGGGCGUCACUUGUUCCUUCUCCCCCUCCUUCCUUUUAAUCGGCCGCCCACACCCUGAGUACCUUAUGGAUGCAAGCCUUCCCACCAACAUUUGCCCCUGUCAGUCAGUCUGAACCACCCCCCAACCUUGUCUUAUCAACUUACCCCCGAGGUUGGUCUCACUCUUUUUCAACGUCCUCCUGCCAGCGUCUCCAACAUUGACCAGUUACUGACGCCUCUCGCAAGUACUGACCGGAAACUGAGACUAGAAUCCGGGGCUUUGAGGACAUUUCGGGGGAGAAAACCCGGAACACGUACCAGGACUUCUACUUGGAAUAUUAUCCAUUUACCGGACCUUGCUAAUUGGAUAACUGUGUGCGUACGUGAAUUUGGGAGAGUGUGUGUGCGGCGUUUGCAGACCUGAGCUACAGGUUGUGGACUUGAAGUUUAUUCCUUAUCUGGUCCAGUCUGGUUUUUGGACAUGGCGUCCCUAAGAAGUCUGAUUCUUGCGCUGCUGAUGGCGCUGCUCUGCUCCUUCCACACACCGUUGGCUCCUGUCACCAAGGCACAGGAUUUGCCUUUCCAGUCUGAGCAAGGCCUGAUGGCUGAUGAUGAUGAUGAUGACGAUGAUGAUGACGAUGACGACGAUGAUGACGACGAUGACGACGAUGAUGACGAUGAUGACAAUGACGAUGAUGACGAUGACGAUGAUGACGAUGAUGACGAUGAAGAUGAUGACGACGAUGAUGACGACGACGACGAUGAUGAUGACGAUGACGACGAUGACGACGAUGACGACGACGAUGACGACGACGAUGACGACGAUGACGACGAUGACGAUGAUGACGAUGAUGAUGAUGACGACGAUGAUGAUGACGACGACGAUGAUGAUGACGAUGAUGAUGAUGAUGAUGAUGACGAUGAUGAUGACGAUGAUGAUGAUGAUGACGACGAUGAUGAUGACGACGAUGAUGAUGAUGACGACGACGACAAAGAUGAUGAUGAUGACGAUGAUGAUGAUGAUGAUGAUGACGAUGACGAUGACGAUGAUGACGACGAUGAUGACAAAUACAACAAGGGCUCUGUGUGCGCAUAUUGUGAAUUCUGCGAGCACUGUGACAGCUGUGAAAGAUGUCCUUGUGAAGAAGGGGACAAGUCUGAACACUGUGAUGACUGCAAGAUGUGUAGUUUCUGCCACGUGUGUCCAGCUUGUCAAACUCUUUGCCAGCCUGGGGGUUUCCUUGACACGGUGACUGGGUCCAUCUACAAGACUGUCGCCGAUGUCUUUGACGACGAUGACGAGGACAACUGAGUGUCGCCAUCGUGUGGCCAGUCCAAAUAUCUUCACUUUAGUUUGCUAUUUUUGUUCCUUUUUUUCCCCCCCACAGCCUCAUACUCGUUUUUGCAUCUUUCACAUCAGGGGGUAGAGUUUGGACACCCCUGGUGUUUACUAAUGAUUAAUAAUUCAACGGUAACUUAAUAAACAUCCACACUGUUGUUAUACUGCACAUGGUCUGAUUGAAAUAAGAACCUAAUAUGGAGCAUUGAAGCGCUGACUAUGACAUUAAUAUUUAUUGUUUUAAAGGAUUUGAUGCUGUCUGAUGUAGAAAAUCACAAACAAAGCAAUGGCGACCGCUUAUAUCAACAACUGUCUGGGUGGAACACAUCAAGGCCUGGUACGCCCUGUUCUUCUGGACCGUCCAUGAAAUGGGUCUGUUUAUGUCGACGUGUGUUGUAUUGUACCGUUAACUUCAUCGUUAUCGCUGAGUUAUGUUGGCAACCGCUUAUGUUGACGUCAGUCAGUGGGGCCAAGUGAUUGACAUGAACUGGUUCCACUG